AUGCCGUUGACUGGCUUUUAUGCCCUUCUGUUUUAUGUUAAAGAAGCACAAACUUCUCGCGGCGCCAUUGGUUUUGUUAUUGUCGUUGGCUUCUACAACGAAUUUACCAUGCGUCUGAACCUGCUCUACUUGCUAUCAGCUAGCUAUCUCGUCGCAGCUCACAGCAAACAACCUGACCAGGAAUGCAACCCAAACAAUUUAUCGGCUUCAAAUCAGUGCCAGCAAAACUUAAUCCCAAAUGGCCCUGGAGGCCCGAUCCUCUAUUACAAUGGCAGUGGCAAUGUACCACCGACAAAUGAGACGUCACCUCUACCUAGCUCACUGCCCCAUCUAAAGAAUGCACUCAUUGAAGAUAAUCUUUUUGCUGAGCUCAGUUCCGUCAUUUUUGGAAAUGCACUUGGCUCAAACUGUUCGAAAUGCAUUGCAUCAGCUGAGAUAAUGCACAUUGCAGCCAUUACACAACCUGUUGAUACAGUGACAAACCUGCUUAUUAGACUUUGCGAUGUGAUCCCUACUCUGAAAGCAAGCAUCUCAGCCAACUCAUGUCGAGAUUAUUUCAGCAACGUUGGAGGGAUGGGACCAUAUAUGGCCCAACUUUUCUACAAAAUGAGCAUGUCAACAGGGGACAUGCAAGCAUACUGCCAUUAUAAGUGGAGCGUUUGUGACGCACCCCCAACCAUUCUUAUUGACGAAAGCCGAUAUUUUAAACCAAAGCCUGCAAACAGAACCGUGUCUCCACAACCGUCUGGAAAUACUCUAAAUGUCCUGCACAUAUCAGAUUGGCAUCUUGAUGCCAGAUACGAUAUCGGAAGCAAUGCCUCUAUGCCUGCAUCGCGAUUCGGGGCCUUUUCUUGCGACACUCCUGCCGAUCUUGCUCUCUCAACUUUCUAUGAGAUGGACAAGUUCAUUGAUAGGUCCACCAUAGACUUCACAAUUUUCACGGGAGAUAUUAUAAGCCAUGACGAUGACGACGAACUGAGCAGAGCAUUGGUGAAGUACGAAGAGAAGACUGCCUACGAAACAUUCAAGUCAUGGCUCAGCGGACCGCUGUAUUCCACUCUUGGGAACCAUGACAGUCUACCACAGGCGCUACUCACUCCGAACGACCUUCGGGGUAAUCAAAGCAACGAAUUCUCGUGGCAUUAUAGCUUCCUUGCUAGCCUGUGGAAGAACGAGGGUUGGAUCGAGUCGUCUGCUGCUCACUAUGCAAAGACCCAUUAUGCAGCAUAUGCCACUAUCACACCGCAGGGCUUGAAGGUCAUUUCGAUCAACACUAACGUUUGGUACACGUCGCAAUACCCCGACAAUAUCUACAACUACUACAACUUCACGAACCCAGAUCCGACCGGAAUGCUCGCGUUUCUUGCCGAGGAACUGCAGGCUUCGGAAGAUAUCAACCAGCGAGUUUGGAUCAUCGGACAUGUCCCCUCAGGACCAAUUGGAAUUUCUGCUCUUCCCAAUCCCACCGCUCUCUUUUACAGCAUCGUCACGCGCUAUUCGCCCUCCACCAUCGCGGCCAUCUUUUUCGGGCACACGCAUAGCGAUCAGAUGCUCGUCUACUAUGACUUCCUCGCCAACUCGACUGUGCACCAGAACGGCACAACAUUGCGCAACACGAGCCUUGUCGAUUUCAUGAAACCUCUUACAGCAGGGUGGAUCGCGCCCUCGAUAACGCCAAUGAGCGGCUUGAAUGCUGGCUGGCGGCUUCUUCAGGUCGACAGUGAAACAUUCAGCAUUCUAAAUGCCCAGACCUUCUUUGCUAAUAUCAGCAACAGUGACUCUUGGACCACUCCACAAUGGGAGUUCGAGUACGAUACCAGAAUGACUUAUGUUCAUGACUGGCCUCAGAAGGCACCUCUGAAUGCUACCUACUGGCACAGGAUGACUGAGGAAAUGGAACACAGUCAAGACGUAGUAGACACUUACAACUACUUUUCAACUAAAUCAAGUGCUUUGACAAAGCCUUCGCACCCUCGCCUGUCUUUACUGGACGUAAACAAGAAUCCGCUGCUGCGAGGAUUCUUGAAAACAACAUUCUACAACCAUUUCUGUGCUGGAGAAAAUGCUGCUGAAGUCACCGGCACUAUCGGCCGGAUUAAGGACAUGGGUUUCAAGGGAGUCAUUCUCACUUAUGCUCGAGAAAUUGUGAUUGAUGCCUCAUCUAAUGGCCCUGCAACUGUCAAAGGGAGCGUGGAGAAACGGCCAACUGAGAUCAAGAAUCCAGAGAUUGAGGCAUGGAGAGAGGGAGUUUUGGAGACGGCUGAUAUGGUGGGGACGGACGACUUUUUGGCCUUGAACUGCCGGUUAUUACAACUUCGUGACGAUAGCAGCCCAGCGGCGCAACGGGCCUCUCCUGAAGUGUACAAAUGUCUCAGUUGGGGAACUCUCGGGGACUGCCUGUCCUAUCUUCUGCGCCGUGCGGUGGAGAAUCGUGAUGCGGUAGGGAUAACUAGGCAGGAAUACCUCGCCCUCAAGACGGAGGUCAAGCGGCGCAUGAAGAAUAUUUUCACGUUUUAAAUAUACAGACUGUAUUAUAGGGAUUUCCACGAUCGCAUAGACUGCAUUAUAGAAAGUGUUUGGGGCUCCAAUCUUAUCUGCGGUUGAAUAGCGGGGUGGUCCGACGAUAUCGGGCU